AGUUGAUAAGUGAUAGGAAUUAAAAAUAAUCGAGAACUUUACUUUUAACUUCCAGAACCUUCUAUUUAAUCAGGAUGUUUGGCACACAUCCAAAUUCUAAACGUAGCCUUACUCUCUAAGUUUUAUUAAAAACUAUUAAACUUUUUAUUUUUUGAUUAUUUAUCAUUAAUUAAUUACUCAAUUAAAAAAUGGAUGAAAAUUCUGGAAUCGAUUAUAUGAUGUUGAAACAACAAGGCAAUUCUGCCUUUAAAUCAGGAGAUUGGUUGAAGGCUUUAGAAUGUUAUACUUCUGCAUUAUUAAUAUUAAAAGAAAAUAAUCAAGAUAAAGCUAUUUUGUAUAAAAAUCGGGCUGCUGUGUAUAAUAAAUUAGGUGAAUAUGAAAAUGCCAUACGAGAUUGUAGUGCUUCUUUGGAUAUAAAUGCAAAUGAUCCAAAAGCAUUAUUUCGUAGAAGUUUUGCGUAUGAACAGGUAGGAAAGUAUGAGGAAGCAUAUGUUGAUGCCAAACAGUGUUUGAUUGCCGAUCCUACUAAUAAAGAAAUACAACCAGUGUUAUCAAAAUUACACCCUAUUGUUCAAGAAAAAAUCAGAGAAAAUGCUCAAUUGUCAAAUAAAAUUGAAAGUAUGUUCAAGUACACAUUUACAAUUGAAGAAAAUAUUGAUAAACGAAUAACAGCUAUUAAAAACCUAUUAGUUUUGUCAAAAGAAUCUAGUAAUGGCUGUACAUGUUUAAUAAAGGCUGGCAUAAUAAGUAAACUGAAAGGUCUUUUGAAAAACGACACAAAUAAUGAAGUUCGUUUGAAUGCUUUGAGAAUUAUUGGCCAAAUAUGUAAAAAUAAUGAGUUUUGUACUAAACAAGUUUUAGUCGAUCUAGGUGUACCUUGGUUUAUUGAUGCUCUAAAUACAGAUAAUCAAAAUGAAAUUAAUGGUGUAACAUAUAUUGUUCAAGUAGCUUUAAAUAGUUUAACAGGAAUGGAUAAUACUUUAGAUAGUUCACCCAAUGAAACAAAAUGUAAAACAAAUUCUAAAGAAAUAGAUGGAAUAUUGACAUGUUUGGUUUGCUCUAUUAAUCGGCGCUCAAUCAACAAAUUUGCCCGAGAUUCAAUUAUUGAAAUACUUACUAGAAAUAUUCAUUUUAAUAAUGUCAAUUGGGCUGAGCGUUUAAUUGAUAUGAAUGGCUUACAAAGACUUUUAGAAGUAGCUAGUGAACUUUUAGAAUCUAAAUAUGAAUCAAAGAUAGAUAUUACUGAGUAUUCACACACUAAUGUAUCAGUAUGCUUAGCACGAAUUUAUGAUAAUUUAACUAGUGACAAAUCAAGAGAAAAAUAUAUGAAUGCUGUAGACGAAUUUUUAAAAGAAAGACUAUUAGAUCCUGACACUGAGUCAAAAGUUAGAGCUGUAUCUACAGUUACUGUUCUACUUAUGGGACCAAUAGAUGUUGGAAAUUCAAUUGUAGCUAGAGAUGGUAUAAUUGAAAUGAUUCUUGCUAUGGCUACAACAGAAGAUAAAGUUCAGCAAAAAAUUGCUUGUGAAUGUAUAAUUGCUGCUACUUCAAAGAAAAGUAAAAUUACUCCAAUUGUUAAACAAGGAACACAAAUACUGAAAAAUCUCUAUAAAAGUGGAGAAGAUGAGAUUCGUAUUCGGGCCUUAGUUGGAUUAUGCAAAUUAGGUAGUAGUGGUGGGACAGAUGCAUCUAUUCGUCCAUUUUCCGAAGGUGCCACACUCAAGUUAGCUGAAGCUUGCCGUAGAUUUUUGAUACAUCCCAAUACUAAACCUGAUACUAAACGGUGGGCUGUGGAAGGAUUAUCAUACUUAACGCUUGAUGCUGAAGUAAAAGAAAAGUUUAUUGAAGAUCAAGCUGCUAUUGUUGCUGUUAUGGGAUUGGCAAAAUCUGAGAAAACAUCAGCUAUGUAUGCCCUAGUUUCAAUUUUUGUUAAUUUAUGUAAUGCAUAUGAAAAACAAGAAAUCAUACCUGAAAUGAUUGAACUUGCAAAAUUUUCUAAGUGUCAUGUUCCAGAAAAUCAUGAACUUGAUGAUACAGAUUUUGUUAAUAAAAGAAUUACACUACUAUGUAACUAUGGAGUUAUUAGUGUUUUGGUUCUAUUAGCAAAAACAGAAAGUAAUAAUAUUAAGGAACUUUUAUCUCGUCUCUUCAAUGCAAUAUGUGUGUUACCUGAACUCAGGGGGGAAGUUGUUAAAUUAGGAGGAAUUAAAACCUUACUAACUUUAGCUCACUCAGGUACAAAUAAAGGAAAAAAUCAAGCUGCUCAAGCUAUUGCGAGAAUUGGUAUUUCAAUUAAUCCCGAAGUAUCAUUUAAAGAACAGCGUUGCCUAGAGUCAAUAAGACCACUUUUAGGGUUAUUGCAUCCAGAUUGUUCAGCUUUGGAAAAUUUUGAGGCCAUGGUAGCUCUUUGUAAUAUGGCAUCUGUUAAUGAAAGAAUUAGAAAAAAAAUUAUUGAUUCCAGUGGACUUCAAUUAAUUGAAAGUUAUCUUUUUGAAGAACAUCAAAUGCUGAGAAGAGCUUCUGUUCAGUGUUUCACCAAUUUAAUGAUGUCACCAGAGGUAAUAAAAGUUUUUGAAGAAAAAAAUGAUAAGUUGAAAAUGCUUUUCCUUUUAUGCGAAGAUGAAGAUGAAGAUACUGCUAUUGCUUCUGCAGGAGCUGUUGCAAUAGCUGUUUCUAAUAGUAUUGAUUGUUGCAAGAAAAUAUUAAAUUUUAAAAAUUGGGAAGAAACUUUAAAAAUGUUACUUGCCCACCCCAACAAAGGCAUGCAACACAGAGCUUUAGUAAUUGCUCAUAGUUUAAUCGAAGUUGAUAAAGAUAUAGCUGAGAAAAUUUUUGCUACUGAAAUAAUGGAAAUACUUAUGGCUCUUUCUAUAGUUAAAGGAGAAAAAACAAAUGAAAUCAAAGAAAUGGCAGAAAAAUGUUUAAAAUUGGCAGAAAAUAUGAAAGUUAUAAAAAAAUCAGAAGAAUAAUCAUAUAAAUUUAUAGUUUUACCUAAAUUUAAAUAGUUUAUUAACAUUAAAUCAUUAACUAUUUACUCUCAGCUCUCAGCUCUCAAUUUUCAUUAUGUAAUAAAUCUAUUAGUUUUAUUAUAUAUAUUAAAAAUUAAAACAUUUUAAAAAUGUUGGAAUAACAAGGUAUUAUUAAAUUUAAUUACUAAACAACAUUUAAAUUAUAGUAUAAAACAAUCUGUGG